AUGUCUCAUCGAAAGGCAACUAAACGUAGAAAAGAAUUAGCUGGAGAUGAUGACUUCUCCCCGUCUUUCUUCCCGCAAAAGAAGCGAUCGAAAUCGCAAGAACAAAAUGCUCAAACGAACGAAAGGCUACAGGAUAAUCUGUCGAUGGAAGAAACUGAAACUGGUGUUAGAAGGUCAUCAAGGACUCCUAAACCAAAAAUAUUUGACGAUGAAGAGACUGCAGUUAUCAGUCGAAGUCCUGACGUAACUUUAAGUCCAAAACCAAGUGACUUUGAAAUAACUCAAGCAGUAGCCAGUCAGCCUUCCAAUAAAUCCAAAUUAACUUCGCCCACAGACGACGCUCCGAUUGCCAAGAAACCUAAAAAAAUAAGUUCUUCAGCCACUUUUGACGAGGGCCAUAAAAGAGAAACGAGACGAAGUUAUCAAAGUUAUCUGAAAGAAAUCGAAACAGAUACGGAAGUUUUCAAAGAUGCUAUUAUUAAGGCGGUUGAGGAUCGAACACCAAAGCUCACUGAAAAUAUUCAGAAGGAUAAAAAAGAAACAGGAUCUUCAAAGACACGGAUUAAGAAAGAAACACAAGCAGAUUUUUCUCCAAAAGUCAGGACAUCUUCUAGAACCCCAGUUCCUAAAAGGAUCUUCUCUCUGCUCGAAGAGGGAGAGAAGGAGGAGAAGAAACCAGAGGUAUCUGUAAUCCCCGAGGAUACAAUUGAGCCAGUACAUAUACCAUCAACGUCUCCUAAAAUGAGGGUCUCCUCAAGGGCUCAUCUACCAAAAAAGAGCUUUCAUUUAUUGGAGAAGGGUGAUGUUAGGGAAACAAAACAAGAUGUGAUAGAGAAUAGCAGAACAAGAACUCCAAAAGUUCAAGGUAGCAAGAAAAGUAAAUCCAAAGAGGGAAGAAAUGAUCAGGAACUUUUAAGGAACACACCAGAAAAUUCCGAUGAACCAUCUCCAAAAAUCAGAAUUUCUUCACGAGGUCACAUGCCAAAAAGAACUUUCUCACUUCUUGAAGGUGACGAGGAUGACAAGAAUAUGGAAGAAAAUAGAAAUCAGUCGCCAAAUACACUCAGGGAUGACAAUGGUAUGUCACAGACUCUUACUGAGUUCCAAAUUACAACUGUAGACCUAAAGGAACCAAAGAGGCGAAGGAGUUCCAGCAAUCAACAAUUAAAUAAACCAAAAUCAUCUCCUAAGGAAGAGGUAAACUUGUUUCCAAACCGUGAAAGUGAAGUGUCACUUAGCACAGCAGACAAAUUAGAUGUGUCUAAAGGCAUCAGUGUGAGUAUUCAAGAAUCUGGUGAAGUGUAUGUGGGAAGAAAGAAGUCAGAAUAUUCUAAAGAUGAUCAGGAUAGAGGAAAAAUGAAUAAACGAAAGGGUAAACCUGUGAAAAAGAAGAUUAUGCAAUCAGAAGAAGUUCAGAUGGCAACAUCAACAGCAUUCAAAGUGAGAGCUGAAUCUGACCAUUGUACUGGUGAAGAAACAUCAUCAACUUCAAAGCCAGCCAAACCUAAAAGCACACCUAAAGUUAAACAAGCUGAUAAAUCGUCAACAAAGAAAGGCAGUAGUGUUGGAAAAGGAGUCAUGAAGGAGGAUGGUGUAGAAAACAAACUAGGAUUUUCACAGACUGAUAUUGUUACCAGUGAUGAUAAUUCAGCAAGUGAUUUAAACGCUGGUGCAUCAAAUGUGAAAAGAAAGGGAAAGAUCAUGAAAAGUAGUAAACAGAAGGCUGGCAAACACAAGGAUACGGUGUCUGAGGAGCUAGAGAAAGUUAAAAGUAAUCAUGACAGUGAAGAUAAAGGACAUGAACAUAUCAUCCUAAAAUUACAGCUUCCUCAAUCAGAGGAUGGAACAAAGCAUAAGAAACAUCAUCAUCAUCAUCACCAUCAUCAUAAGCACAAACAAGCAUCUAGAAAUCACAAAGAUGGAUCACCAAAAACAUCACAUCACAAGAAACCUGCUGCUAAAUUACAUCCUGAUGGCAGUCAAACAGUCCCAGCCUCAGAGAAAAACAAGAAAAAGAUUUCAAUCAAAUUCAAAGGCCUUUCCAAUAGUAAUGUAGAAAUGGUGAGCAAUGCCUCAGAACAAAGCAGCAAUACAGUGAAUUUACCUGAGCAAUCAAAGGAAGGCAAUAAAAAGAAAAAGAAACAAAAAUUACCAAGUUCCCAGAAUGAAAAGCAUCCAGCAUCACCAUCACAAACUGAAAGUGAACAUGUUAAGUUAGUCAUAAAGAAAGAGAAGAUUCCCACCAGCAGUAAGUCUGAUGAAGUGAAGAAAAAGAAGAACACUAAACCAACAACACUGGCAGUAGACCAUCAGAAAAAGAAAGGCUCUUCUAAAACAGAGAGUAAGAAAGAAACAGCUUCAACUUCAGCCAAAAGAAUCAAGUCACCACAGGUAGGUUCAUCUCAUUAAGCUUAUCAUGUAUGCUACACAUGUAUGUGCAUUUUAUAAUGUAUAAUAUGUGUAUCAAUCAAUAUCUUCGUGGAGUGGUUUGAACCUAAGGAGGAGGGGUUACAUUUGAGUAUGUUGUCUGAUCUUUUGGGUAGUCUUGAGACGAACUGUUGUCGGUAGUGAUGACUGAUGUUUGACAACCUGAGUGGAAGUCAUCAUCUGACUCUGAUGAUGACUUUAGUCACUAACAACAACAGUCCUUCUCAGGACCAUCCUCAAUCAGAUAAUCAGACUACAUGGUCAAAUCAGUAUCAUGAUUAGAAGUCUUAAGUUUUAUUGUAGAACUGGCUCUGCAAGCAAGCAAGAUGGGCACAUGCUGCUUGCUCAGGGUAACCUCCUUUUGUUAUCUCUGAAAAAAGGAUAUUGACUUUGUUCUAGUAUAUAUAAAUGCAAAACUGUUCUAUAUCCAGCUCUUUUGAUUUACAGUAACACUUUAUGUUACUUUAUGUUUUAUGACUCAUAAUGUUAUAUGUACUGUUAUUUAAUCAUAAAUUAUCUUUAUUUCUCUUUAGAAGCCCAAGGUAGUGACAUCCUAUCUGCUCUUCUGCAAGCAACAGCGGAAGAGAAUUGCAGAGGAAAAUCCUGGAUUAGGUACGGUCAUACUCUUUACAGCACCAUAUAGCUUUCUCAGAAGAAUAGGGGUGUAUAGUGAUAUCAAAUUCCAGUGUAAAAUGUGUGUUUGCACAUGUUUUGCACAUGUUUUGCACUUGAAGCCACUUCAUAUAAAAUAAGUUUUAUGGUUUUUGCACACUACUGAGAAGGACUUUCCACUUCCUGUUACUCAGAGUUCACAGAAAUCAGCAAGAAAGUUGGCAUUGCAUGGAACAACCUCAAGGAUGAUGAGAAGGAGGUAAAAAAUUCAAGUUGUAGGUAAUGUUGAUUCUGUAUUUCACAUGACUGUGUGUAUCAUUAUCCUCAGGAGAUUAAAUUAAUAGAUGCAAAGUGAAGUUCUCUUUUACACAAUUCCAGAGAAAGUGAAAGGUGGCUUUGAAGUCAACAUGGGUUGUGUCCUUGUGUACCGGUACACAAAGGAACGAAACAUUAACGAACUGCGUCACAACUCCAUGUAUGGACAUGAAAACAAUAGGAAUUACCCCGUGUACUGGUACACCAGAACAGCCCCUCAACAUGUACUGGUACAGUGCAUCAGCCCAGGAUCUUAUAUUACGUGUAAUUUCAGUCUUAUAUACUUUUUUUUUCAAUGCCCAUCUGCAAUUCCUUGUAGUGUUGGCGGAGAAAGGCAGAAGAAGUCAAGAAAUCUCUCGGACUCAACAGCCCAAACCCUGUGUCUGUGCCCAAAGAAGGACAAGCUGAACCCAUUGAUUUGGCAGCCCAUUUGCAGCUCUUGGGGGAGUCCUUGUGUACAGUUGGAGCCUGUCUACGAGUACAGGUAACUAGAAAUUGUUGUCCUGUCUUCUUACACCAGCAGGUAGUUGUGGACUUCUGUGAAAAAGUUGGGAAAAAUAAAGAUGAAACUAUAUAAAUGAAACUUAUAAAGAUUGUAUGCUUGUGAUAACAAUUAGGUAUUAUCUGUUUGUUAAUUCCUUUUUUUCUUCCAAAGGACCCAGGUGAAGUUCAUGGCAGCUUGUCUGUGCUAUUAGACUCAGCCCUCUGUGCCAUAUCCCCUUUAUUGUUCCUAACAUCACAAAUACCUGAAAUGGAUGGCUGCUCCAAAAAAACCCAGGUAUUGUUAAAAGGAUUAUCAGGAGUUUUGAAAUAUUUCUCCCCACACAUCUGUACACUAAUUUUCAUGGGGCUUUUUAUGACCAGCUAAAAAUAAACUGUGAGGUUGUUGGUUGAGAACAUAAACUUUUUUAAUCAUAGGAAUGAAAUGGUUAACCUCAGCUUUUUUUUUCAUUCACACAACACUUGCAACAUUGUCAAUCCUUUGACUCUUGAGAGUGACAAGCAUCUACAUAUAAUUUCACCUUAUAUUAUUACCUUGAAUCACACUUUAAUAUCACAAGAAUAAAGGAAAUGACCACUAAUUAAGAAGACCUUGAUUAUUAAACCAAUUCUCCUUGUCAGCACCUUAAGAAAUGUAUGGAGAACAGUACGGAGAAUAUUCAUACUGAUUUCACGUUGUAAAGGGUCAAUCUCAAUAGUAUGCAGGACCCUUGUCACAUAUAAAGUAAGAUCCAGCUUACUGUUAAGUUCUCUGUAGUGCAAUGGUAGAUUAAUGGGGCUGGAAAUCUGAAGGUCUGGGGCUUAAUUCCUCUUAGGAACUCAAAUUUGCUUGUUUGUCCCCUGCUAGUGACAAAACAAAAAACUUUUUUGCAUAUUGCUCUGAUCUUAUCAUGAAAAAAACUGGUAACCCUGCAAAAUUUAAUGUUAUUUGGAAAUCAAAACUUAAAUAUUUUACUUUUAUUUUAACAGACUGAGGUGCUGGACAAUCUUGCCUAUGUAAUGCCUGGCCUGGGAUGAAACAAAAUCAUCAAAUAUGCAGCAUCAUGUUAAGAACCAUUGUAACAGUAGUAGAUCGCACUGGAAGUGUGGGAGUAUGGAUUGAAAUUGACACAGCUUAAAUGCAAAGAUGUGACCAGCAGCAUUUUGCUUUCAUUUUAUAUAAAAGUUAUUUGUCAGCCAUGGUUGGUUCACAGUGGGAGAAACUGGGCCAAAGGUCCUGAUUUCAAUACAAAGGACUCAGUUUUUUCCAGUUAUCUUUUUUAGUUUUGUUCUGCCCCUAGGACCAUUAUGAUUGCACAAUUCUGUGAAUUCAUCUCACACAAAAAAAAAAAAAAAAUAUAUAUAUAUAUGUGAUUAAGAGAUCUUUAAAUUUAAAGUUGAAUAUGACUGUUAGUGCAAGAUCUUAUGAGUAAAUUUUCAGCUUGUUAGAAAACUUUCCUUGAUAGCCAAGUAUUGCAGACAGUAUAUGACAAUCUUUUGUAAAUAUAAUUUUUAUGGGUGCAUUUGUUCAAAAAGCAACAACUCCCUAUAAGAUCAAAAGCUGCAUGGAGAUAGCACCUAAUGAACAUAUUUUAAAACAUAUUUUAGUUGAUAUUUUUCACUUCUUUACGGUCAAUAUGGAGUAAAAUUUCCAGUUAGCUACUGACUUUGUUGAGUGAAGCAAAAAGUGUAGAUGGGAGGACAAAUUUAGGUUUCCCCUUUCCCAUCACUUACUUGUAGGAUUCUAAGUUACUAAAGAAGUUUUUUUCUUCAACCCACUGACACACUGUCAUGCAGUAAUACUAUACAUUAUUAACUCAUUACAUAUUUAUCACACACAGUUGUACUUUGUUAUUAUAUUUCUCUGCCAGGGAA